AUGGAUUCGAGAAGGGUCUACGAUGCGUUUUUCUGCGUGCCACUGUACGCACAAUAUCACUUCGCCAUGCCUGUUGGAGGAGACGAAGCAUCUUCCAAGCUACAUUGCAGGGAGAUCGGAUGCAAAGACACUGCUCUCUCUACCCUUUCCAAUCUCAAGAGGCGUAUCCAGUCUCAGCACGGUAUUGCAGCUCAGAUGACCUGCAGGAAGACCUUAGCGCAUCAAAAGUCAUGUUGGAAAUGUCGCUCAGUUCUAACCCAGUCAUCGACUUUCAACGAGCAGAGGGGCGUCAAAACAUAG